GGGGGGGGGAAAACAAACCGAAAAAUGCGCACAGAGAGGUGACUGACUAGGUGUGGAAAUCGCAAAUCGAACCGACUGCCCUUUUCGUUCUCGAACGCUAGACAAAGGCCAGCAUGAAGGCUUGGGGGCUUGUUGCCCUCGUGCCCACGCUCUGCGCUGCUGCAGUGGCUGCCCGCGCCCUUCCCGGCCCGACUACGACAACCAACCCAACCGCCCAGGAGUAUGAUCCUCUGUGGGAGAUCUAUGGCCUCAACAGGUCAGCAGAGUACAAGUACUUCCACGAGCCCGGCCGCGACGACAUCCUGGGCCACUACGACGUUCGCUUCUUCACCGAACCCGUCGCCACGGAGGAACGCACUGAGACCCUCACUCAUAUGGUGCGCGCCUAUCUCAACUUCUUCACGGAAAACGAUCUUGAGACCUGGAUUGCGCAUGGGACCCUGCUGGGCUGGUGGUGGAACGGAAAGAUCCUACCAUGGGACUGGGAUAUCGACACCCAAGUCCCCGAUACCACCCUCGCACGACUCGGCGACGAUUUCAACCAGACCAUCGUUUCGUACACCUCGGCCGACAAAAAAGUGAAGCGGAAGUAUCUGCUCGAUAUCAACCCCUGGUCGCGCCAACGCGAGCGCGGCAAGGGCCACAACAUCAUCGACGCGCGAUGGAUCGAUAUCAAGACCGGCCUGUACAUCGACAUCACCGGCUUGAGUAGACUGAAUCCCGAGACGGAGCCGGACAUAUGGCAGUGCAAGAAUUUCCACAAGUAUAAGGUCCAGGAUAUUUACCCGCUGCGCAAGACGACCUUUGAAGGCACCGCCGCCAUGGUUCCCUUCCUAUACGACUCUAUCUUGACCGACGAAUACUCGCUGAGGUCUUUAACGGCGACGAAUUUCCACAAUCACACCUGGUAUCCUGACCUGGAGGAAUGGAUCCUAGACGAUGAGGAAUCCAUGACUGCCCGACGCAGAGAACAAGAAUCUCAGGAUGGCCGCUAUUACGAGUAACUUACCUUUUCUGCAUCUUCCUGUUGAUAACGGCCUUUUUUUUUUAUCGAUAAUCCUGGAUGAUUGAUGGCCUACAACACAAAUAUAUCUCUCGCCAUUUACGACCGCGAUCUCUCGACAUAUUAUUAUAUAUUCUUCGCCUUCGCUUCACAUCAUCUUCGUUCAUCUUCUGGGU